AUGGCGGUGUUCCACCUGUACUCGGCGCUGAAUCUGCUGUGGAUCCUAUGCAACAGCGCGUGUAUCAAUUUCCUGCAAUUCUGUCUUUGGUGCCUUGUGCGGCCGUUUAACAAGGCACUUUAUCGCCGACUUAUGGGCUCCGUGGCACAAUCACUCUGGGUAGACGUCACAUCCACGAGCUUCCCACAGACCAAGCUCUCGGUCACUGGCGAGCUGCCGUCAGACCCCACGAAGCCCGUGAUCAUCAUAGCGAACCACCAAGUUGACGCGGACUGGUGGUAUAUUUGGCAGGCCGCGCGUCACCAACACGCAGCUGGGAACAUCAAGAUCGUGCUCAAAGACCAACUCAAGUACCUGCCCAUCAUCGGCUGGGGCAUGCGCCUCUUUCAGUUCCUCUUCCUACGACGCCGCAUCGACCAGGAUGCAGAGCACAUCAAGAAGUACAUGGGCGGACUCAUCAGCGAUAAUUUCCCUUUUUGGCUCGUGUUAUUCCCCGAGGGAACGACCAUCCACCGUGAAUACGUGGUCAAGUCACAGGCUUUUGCGGCUCGAGAAGCUCGUCCCAAGUUCGAGCGAGUGUUGCUGCCACGCACGACCGGGAUGCGGAUCAUUCUGGACGCUGUGGCGGAUGCCAAACCCGAUAUUUACGACCUCACUGUGGCCUUCCCGUCGUACUCGGGUGAAGUCCCGACGUUCGACAUGGGAUAUGGACGCAGAGUUGACACCGAAGUGCCGUCGAUGAAGUCGCUACUGGCAGGGAAGCAGCCUGUGGGCCGAGUGGCUUUACACUCAAGGAAGUUUAAGUACGAGGACGCUGCGACAGACUUGCAGGGAUUCUUGGAUGCUCGCUGGACGGAGAAGGAGGAGCGGAUGAACUAUUUCAUCAAGCAUCAGCAGUUCCCGGAAACGGAGAGCACAGUGGAGAUGCAACUAUCGACCUCGAUGGGAGCAGUUUUCCGGCUGUGGAUGGGCAUCUUGCUGUCGUGUGUUGUGCUUCCCGUCGUCAUGAUGCUCUUCUUCCCAUUGUACUUCACGUGGGUCGUCUACUGCUUCGUGUACUCGGUGUACGACCGCACCACGAACUUCUGGUGGCCGUACAUUUUCAAUCUCUUCGUGGAGCGCGCCACUAAGACGCACGAACACUUUAAGCGUCACCAGGCUAAGUAUCUGUGAGGUGGGUAAGAGCACUCAACCAGCCACGGAUGCAAACUGAGGCAAAUUGAUAAUGCGUGUUAAAUUUUUGUUGUCGGUGCUGAAGUUAGACUCACUUUUUGUUCUGAAAGAGUGAAAAUCAAUUCGAAGCGUGGCGAUCUUAGCCACACCAA